AUGACGAACGUUACCAAGGAAACAGAAGCAUUUGUCGAGAACUAUCUAAAAACUACAAGCACACCCAGUUUCCAGCACUUCAUCGACGAAAAUGUCGAAUUUAUUGCACAGAACUCGUAUUUGGGGGACGCGCUCGAAAAAACCUGGACCAACCUGUAUAGGAAGGUUGUGCAACAGGCAAAAGGGCGCAAGAAGCCUGAUUGGGCAGCUGUAGCACUGAAAAUGGUGGAGCUGGCUCGGCCCAAGGCAGACGAUAUCGCAGUCAGGGAAUGCUCGAAAGCAUCAUACCCAACGACUAAAUCACCCGGAUCGACGUCCCUCAAAGUAAAACUGACAACUCUGGACAAAGAAAGGAUUUCACGAGAGUUAGGACAGUUGUUGAAAAAGAAUUUCUGGAGCCUGGAACGGUCUGAUGAAGCACCACUGAUCAUAGACCAGAUUGUCAUCGACUUUGCGAAACAGUGCAACUACUAUCAUCCGUCCCAGUCACUCAUAUUGGACAUCGGCGAUAACAAUUGGGAUGAUGUUUUCUCGUGUGGAAAUCUGGAUGCUUUAGAAAAUUUUGGUUCUAAGCUAUUCCCUGCAUUGGAUGCUGAAUUAAUUGAUAUCUUGAGCGAUAUUGAAAAGCUGACAACUCUGUCUGAAGCGUAUGAAUUCAGCUGCAAAUUGUGUCAUGAUCCCAUAAAGGAGCCUUUGAAAGCAUGGUUGGUCGUCGAAUUACAGAAGUCUGCAAGAAUUUUCUUGUACGACAAUGGAAAACUCGACAUGGACAACAUGCUUGAAUACGACCAAUUGUAUGAAGUGUGGGGUUUCAUAAAAACCAUCGUCAAAGGCACUCGCAUCACAGUAAAAGGGAGUGAAGGCUCGAGCAAGGCUAAUACCGAUGCUUUGAACAGGAAAAGAUCUAUAUCAGCCAUCGAACCAGCCACGAACCGUCGGGUUGGCCGUAAAAUUGACGUGAUUUACAGCGUAAACAGAAAAGAAGUGGGGUGUGUCGAGAUUGGAAAGAACGAAGAUCAGACCAAAGAGAUGAAGGACAGCUUGACCAAAAUGCCGUUAAUCAUGCACGAUAUGUUGAGCCAAGUGACAUAUUCACAAAAAUCGUUGUGUCAAGUUCAAAUCCUCGGCUUCGUCAUCAACGGUCAGUGA